GACUUGUUAGUCAUGUCUGUAACCUGUUCACCGAAACUGCCACACUGUGCUUGGAUAGGAGCAAUAAAAACAACAAGGAGAUGGCAGCCACACUGCUGUUCUCCCUGCUCGAUAUACUGCAUGGCAUGCUGACCUACACAUCCAGUGUCGUUCGGCUGGCUUUACAGGCCCAGAAGUCUGGCUCAGGAGGGGACACUCAGGCUGCAGAAGACCUGCUGCUGCUCAGCAAACCACUGACAGGCCUCAUUAGCCUGCUCCUUCCGCUGCUUCCUAGUGAGGACCCCGAAAUUUUUGAUGUUUCAUCCAAGUGUCUGUCUAUACUGGUUCAGCUGUAUGGAGGCGAAAACCCAGAUAGCCUGUCUCUUGAAAAUCUGGAAAGUUUUGCUGACUUACUAGUAUCCAAGGCAGACCCAAAGGAGCAGAGGCUUCUGUUGAGGAUUCUCAGAAGAAUGAGAGCUUCUUGUGCCUUGUUAGGCUUAAUUGCAUGGCCACCAAGAGCUGGAGCCUCUGGUGUUGUCUCAUCUGUGGCUCUGGGGCAUCCUGGGGAUGGGCUGUGUCACUUGCUUUCUCCAUUACCAUUACAAAGGCUGGAGAAUGUCCAGGACACAGCUGCAGAGAAUUACACUGAAGACUGCAUCAUGGCACAGAAACCUUCCAGGAACAGAGCAGCCCAGCAGGGCUCUGCUCUCUCGGUGCCUGGAUCUCCAAACCUCUGA